UCAGCCUUCAUUUCCCUAGAACUAGAAAUGCCGCCCCGCCGCCGCUAAUCGCCGCCGCUCAUUUCCCUUUCUCCACUCCACAUUCCACUCCCUCGAGCCGCCGCCGCUCCUUCCAUGGAAGCCCACCCCGAAUCCGACCCGAAAACCCCCAAUCCGGACUACGAAGAAAUCGAAGACGAUGAAGCCGACGAGGACGACUCGGAGCUGGAAGAAGACGACGACAAAUCGAUGUCUCCGGAUGCCCGGAUGCGGAGAGACCGCGCCGACAUGGACUCCCUCUUCAGGCGCCUCUCGUCGGAGCGGGUACCCGUUCGGGUCCACGACAUAGUCGUCAAGGGGAACAAGAAGACGAAGGACUCCGUGAUCGAGGCGGAGGUGGAGCAUCUGUUCAGGGACGCCAACACCUUCCAGCAGCUGCUGCGCGCCGCCGGCAUCGCGAAAUUGCAGCUGCAGCGUCUCGGGAUCUUCGAUUCGGUUAGCAUUACGCUCGACGCCGGCCCGCCGGAGCUGCCCGGGACGGCGAAUGUCGUCAUUGAUGUCUCCGAGGGGAGCUUGCUCUCUGGGGAUUUCGGCGUUUAUUCCAAGCCUGAGGCUAGAUCGUGGUCUCUAGAAGCUGCAGCGAGACUGAAAAAUCUGUUGGGGUAUGGAGAUUUGUGGGAUGGUUCACUGGCUUACGGUUGGGGUCAGUCGUUGGAAGUCAGCUCAGGGGUGGCUUUGCCCAGAUUCAAAUCGAUUCCUACUCCAGUAUCUGGGAGGAUAUCUCUGCUUUCCCAGGAUUGGUUGAAGUUCUCUUCCUACAAAGAACGAGCGCUUGGGCUCUCACUGAGUCUGUUGUCAACGGGGAACCAUGACAUAUCUUACAAUCUCUCUUGGCGGACUUUAACAGAUCCAUCUCAAAUGUCUUCCUACACAGUGAGGAGGCAGCUCGGACAUAAUCUGGUGUCAGCGUUGAAGUAUGCAUUUAAAGUUGACUACAGAGAUUCACCAAUGAGGCCAACUAGAGGGCAUGCUUUUGUUUCCACUACUCAAAUUGGUGGCCUUUUUCCUGAUUUACGGAGCUUGCGCUUUUUCCGUCAGGAGUUUGAUCUUCGUUAUGCUAUCCCCCUUGGAUUCUAUCGGGCUGCAUUGAACUUUGGGAUAUCCGGUGGCGUUUUGCUUCCAUGGGGGAGGGGAUCUUUGAGUAGUCCCACGUAUCUGCCUGAGAGGUUCUUCAUGGGAGGCAACACCUCACCAGUCUGCUCCUUGAUAGGACCGACAUCAAUUUUAGGUUUCAAGUCGAGAGGAUUGGGUCUCGCUGAACCUAGACGAGUUACCAGAGAUAACCCAAAUGAUGGGAGCCCCGAUGAUUCUGGAAUCGAUAAUGUUGGCGGAGAUCUUGCUCUCACUGCCUUUGCAGACCUUUCGUUUGAUCUACCUCUGAGCGUUCUUAGGAAUGCCGGCAUCCAUGGCCACGUCUUUGCUUGCACUGGCAGCCUGAAUAAAUUGAGUGAGAAUUCAUACAAGGAAUUUUCUGUUCAGAAAUUUAAGGAUUCUUUCCGAAGCUCUGUGGGAGCUGGACUUGUCGUGCCCACUCAGCUAUUCCGCAUGGAGGUAAACUACUGCUAUAUCCUGAAGAAACAAGAGCACGACAAAGGAAAGACCGGUGUACAGUUUUGCUUCUCGUCUCCAAAUUGAUUUCGUGUUUUGGUAAGUGGCGGCGGCUCUGCAGAUUUUGAAUUUGAGUAAAUUUGUCUUCUUCAUGCCCAACAAUAGACAGCUCUGAAACAGUUUCUUGAUGCAGCUAAAUUAGAUUCAAUUAGACCUUUUCUUGAGUCUUGACCAUGGAAAAAACAUUUAAUUGUUGAUUUAGAAUAAGAUGAAGCUGCAUUACUUUUUUUGAUCA